AUGGAGGAGGUUACGCCGGCCGAUUACCUUGUCGUUGGCGCCGGGGCCAUGGGGAUGGCUUUCGUCGACACCCUCCUCAGUGAGAGCGGGAAAACCAUCGUGAUGGUCGACCGCUACGACCGCCCCGGCGGCCACUGGACGACGGCCUACCCCUUUGUCCGCCUGCACCAGCCCGCUGCGGCGUACGGCGUGAACUCGACGCGCCUCGAGCGCGACGGUAUCGAGGAAUUCGGCUGGAAUAAAGGUCUCGCCGACUGCUCGUCCCGCGACGACGUGUGUGCUUACUUCGAGAGGGUCAUGAAGACGACGUUCUUGGCGUCCGGGCGUGUCCGAUACUUCCCCAAGUGCGAAUACAUCCAGGAGGGCCGAUUCCGCGCCAUCCUGACGGGGAAAACGUACCGUGUCCCCCGGGAGACGUGCAUCGUGAACGCGACGUAUAGCCAGACGGUGGUCCCGUCGAUGCGGCCGCCUCCCUAUGACGUCGCCGGCGAUGUGGACAUCGUCACGCCCAAUGGUCUCGCCGGGGUCUCCCGUGGAUACGAGGGCUACACUGUUGUUGGCGGCGGAAAGACCAGCAUGGACGCGUGCCUGUGGCUCCUGGAGAACGGCAUCGCCGCCUCGCAGAUAACGUGGAUUCGACCCCGGGACUCAUAUCUCUUCGACCGCUCGACAUUCCAACCCGUACCGUCGCUCGCCGCCCGCGCCAAAGCGUCUUCCCAGGAGAUGAUCGCGUCGGUCAUGGCGGCCUCGUCGGUGGCGGAUCUCCUGAAACGCCAGGCGGCCAAACAGCUCCUGCUCCAGCUGGACGAAACCGUCACGCCGACCAUGUUCCAUUGCGCCACGGUGUCCCCUCUCGAGUUUGACGCACUCAAGGAGAUCAAAUCGGUCGUCCGGAAGGGGCGCGUCACCGGCGUCACGCGGGACAGAGUGGCGCUGGAGCACGGGAGCUACACGCCCGUCCCCGACACGCUGUACGUCGACUGCUCGGCCGGGUCGAUCCCCAAAGUGGCCCCCGUCACGAUUUUCCGCCGGGGCAGCAUCACGCUCCAGCCCGUGCGGUACUGCCAGCAGACGUUCAGCGCGGCCCUGAUCGCUCACGUCGAGGCCACCUACCGCGACGACGCCCGGCUCAAGAACGAGCUGUGCCGCCCGGUACCCAUGCCCAACGAGCCCGCCGACCUCGCGCUCGUCAUGCUCCAGACCAACCUGAACACGCUGGCCUGGCUCAAGCAGCCGCAGACGGCGGCCUGGCUGCGAGACUGUCGCCUGGACAUCUUCCGGGUCGCUGGUGCGGAGGACCCCGAGCAGGGACUCGCCCAUACCCAGCAAACGAUCAUGGUUCUGGAGGCUGCGAGCAGGAAAAUUCAACAGCUGCUCGACGGCCUGCCUGAGAGGGAUGCGGCCCAGAUGCACGCGCAGCUCAAAGACUUCUCUCUCAUUCCUGCACGUCUGUAG